UACGUAGUUAGACAAGAAUUGGAAAACAUUGGCGUCGAAGGAUUCAAACAAUCUUAUGAGACCAGCAACGGAAUCUCCGCUUCCGAAGAAGGACAUGUGAUCAACGCUGGAACUGAAAACGAAGCCAUCGCCGUCCGUGGACAAUUCUCUUACAUUGGUGCUGAUGGUCAAACUUACACUGUUACCUAUGUAGCUGAUGAGAACGGUUUCCAACCACAAGGAGAACACAUCCCAAAAGAUGAUCACUAAAGA